GUUGUAGGAAAAAGGCCUUUUAUGUCUUCUCUCAGGAGUCUGUGCAUAUUUCAUUAUUCCAUUAGAUCGAAAGAGAUAGACCAAACAGGUACAGAGUUCUAUCUGGUUCUAUCACUUGUAUCGUUUUAUCCCUUCAUGAUUUUAUCUUUGUUUAUUAAAUGUCAAUUAAGGAAAACGUUGUUCGUGGAAUGCAGCCCCACUAUGGGAUCGCUCGACACUAGCUCCAAUCUCCAAUUGUUAUUUUAGCGGUAUGUGAAUUCACGUGAUUGUGAAACUGUACCUCUGUAUAUCUGAAAACGUAAACGUUAAAAAAAUAUAACAAAAAUGUCCGCGAAUACCACGCAUACGGAAAGAGAAUUAGAUUUGAGUAAUGCUGGUCGUGGUGUGUGGCUUGUUAAAGUGCCUAAGUAUAUAGCUAAUAAAUGGGAAAAAGCGCCUGGUAAUAUAGAAGUCGGCAAAUUGAAGAUCACCAAAAAUGUUGGACAGAAAGCUGAAGUAUCUCUUAAACUAUCAGAGGCUGUCUUAGCAUUGAAAGAAUCUGGAGAAGGAGAAAUACCAAAACAACAUAGGCUAGAUGUCACGACAGUUACCAGACAAAUGUUAGGAGUGUUCUCUCACGUUGCCCCCUCCACAAGCUCAGAUGCAAUUGUGCCAGAAACAGAAAAACUCUUUAUGGAAGGAAGGAUUGUACAGAAAUUAGAAUGUAGACCUUAUGCUGAUAAUUGUUAUAUGAAAUUAAAAUUAGAAAGUAUCAAGCGAGCGUCUGUACCACAAAGACAAGUUCAGCAGUUAGAUAGAGUUGUGCAAAAUUUCAAACCUGUAUCUGAUCACAAACAUAAUAUCGAAUAUGCUGAAAAGAAAAAAGCAGAAGGAAAGAAAAUGAGAGAUGACAAAGAUGCUGUGCUAGAUAUGCUUUUUGCAGCAUUCGAAAAACACCAAUAUUAUAAUAUAAGAGACCUUGUAAAAAUCACGAGACAACCUAUUGUUUAUCUAAAAGAAAUCCUCAAUGAAGUUUGUAAUUAUAAUUUAAAAAAUCCUCAUAGAAAUAUGUGGGAAUUAAAACCAGAGUAUCGACAUUAUAAGGAAGAGGAAAAGUCUGCAGAGAGUACAAAGAAAGGCAAUGAAUCAGAAGAUGAUUGAUUUAUUUUUUAUAUAGAUACACACGCGCACACACAUACACACGUUUUUUUAUUUUUUAAAAUAUAGUCACUGUAUAAAAUAGUUUUCGAUGAUAUAAAAACAGUUGUGAUUGUUACGACUUUUCACUUUUGAAAAAAAUCAUGUACACUAGUAAUUAAAAAAUUUG